AUGUGGCAGAAGUUGGAUUCGAUGCUGGCGGUUUGGAUGUGGGAGGGCGAGCAGUACCACGGUGUUGGAGGACCUCUUACUAUCACACAAUCCACCUACACGAAACUUGGAGACGUGGUUCUAGAUGCAGCGCGGGAAUUAGGAUAUAGAGUUGGUGAUGUGAAUGGAGAAAGCCCGUUCGGGGUUAUGAAGACACAGGCAAACAUCAGAGGUGGCACGCGCGCAGACACUGCUAAGGUUUUCUUAAAACCCGCGGUAAACAGACCGAAUCUUCACAUAUUAACAAAUGCUCACGUGACAAAGGUGAUGUUCGAGGGCAAGAGGGCGGUAGGCUUGCAGUUUAUACAUGCUGCCGAGAAGAAACAGGCGAGAGCGUCUCGGGAAGUGAUCAUCUCUGCUGGAACUAUCGGCUCUUCUCACAUCCUCCUCUUGUCUGGCGUUGGACCCAAAGAGCAACUCGACCAGUUCAAUAUACCACUGGUUGCUGAUUUACCGGUUGGAAAGCAUCUGCAGGACCAUGUCGGCAUAUACUACCCAGAGAUUUUAAUCAGCAAAAAUAUAUCAGUGAUGAAAGAAGAACUACUCAGCUUUAAGACCAACGCUAAGUGGGAUUUGUUAGGGCUAGGCGCUCUUUCGGCUAGCGGCGUGGACGCUGUUGGUUUCUUUAAUACAGCUGGGUUGGAAAAGAAAGGCGUGCCACCAGAUAUGCAGCUACACAUGGCCAGCUUCGGAAUGGGAUCCAUAGAUGAAGAUUUUACAUAUAAUUGCCUGGGACUCGAUAGAAAGUUUAUCAAGGACGCCAACUAUGCCGCCCAAGAGAAUCGUCCUCUUUUCUCGUGGAUACCAUCUUUGUUGCAACCUAAAAGUAUUAUCCUCUCAUAG